AUGGUUAAAGAGAACUGGCCAUUACUGGGCCACCUAAAGAAGGCAGUGAAGAAAUUAAGAUUUUUGCUUAGCUUUGACCUACUGCAAUGGCGCUUGGCUUCAAUUACUGGCAGUGCUUCCACGAGGCGCCGGUUGAGCUUCAACGAUCGCCAGGGCUUGCAUGGUUGCAUAGAAGAUGAAAAACUCGACGAAACUGGUUCAGCCAAAGUGUAUCAACGAGCUAGAAGUUAUGGUUCAGAUGAUGAUAUUGAUAGAAGGGCAGAGAUUUUUAUUGCUAAUUUUCGACAUCAUCUUCGUUUAGAAAGGCAAGUUUCUUUGGAGUUAAGGUACUAUAGAGGGGCUAGUUUCAAAAGUGAAGAAGACAUUGGAUUGUAA